AUGGAUUAAACCUGUUGUCUUUAGUAUUCGUGUGUAGGAAGCAAACAACCCUAAGAUUUUUAUUACCUGCUUGAACAGAUCAUUGGCUUUGUUGUUGUACUCAUUGAUGGGCAAUAGUAUUAUUACCCUAAGUAGUUUUGCUAGACCAAAUUGUUGCUUUCUUGUUUUUAAGGGUUGGCGAAAAUAUCUAACUGAACCGACCGAUCCAAACUAAACCAGGAUUCAUUUAUCCGAACCCAAAAUUAUAUGACAUGCUCGCUAGGUUUAUAUAUGCCGUCGAGUAUAUAUGUCAUGCCGUAUAAGAGAAAGUCAGAAAACCAGUACGAAGAAGAAGGCGUCGCUGUCUCUGACACCGUCAAUGUCACCGGAAAAGAAGAGGAAGAGAAAUGUAACGAUGAAAGAGAAGAAGAUGAUAAAGAAGAAGCUAAAGCCGUCGGUUACGCAGCAAUCGAUCCUAAUUUCGUCACUUCCCGAUGAUUUGAUAUUGAGUUGUGUGGCACGGGUCUCAAGAUUGUACUAUCCGACUCUCUCUCUCGUCUCCAAGAGCUUUCGAUCACUCCUGGCUUCACCGGAGCUUUACAAGGCUAGAUCACUCUUGGGACGCACGGAGAGUUGUCUCUAUGUUUGCUUAAGGUUGACACCUUUUAAAAGCAAUAGCUGGUUCACCCUCUGCCGGAAACCUCAUCAAACCCUAACCAGUAAGAAGAAAAAGAAGUCAAGUGGGUAUGUUUUGGCAACAGUCCCAAUCCCCCAUUCUCCUCGUGCGCACUUGUCAGGUCUCGUGGCUGUUGGUUCUGAUAUCUACAACAUUGGCGGAUGCAGAAAAAUCUACGAAACGCCGCCCUCCUCUAGCGUCUGGAUUCUGGAUUGCAUGUCUCACACAUGGCGCGAGGCUCCAAGCUUGCCGGUGGAGCCAAUGAGACUUUCUGCUAGCGUCCUUGAUGGAAAGAUAUAUGUAGCAGGAAGUAAAGAGUCCUUGGAGAACUUGUUUGAGGUGUUUGACACAAAAACACAAACUUGGGAUCCUGAGUCGUCUAUCCCUUGCAGCAAGACAAAAGGCAUCUUUUUAUGGUCCAAAAGCACAUGUAUUGACGGAAAGCUCCACGUGGUGGCUGACAGGCAUGGUGUGGUGAGUCCCAUGGGUGCUGUGAUUGCUUACAAUUGCAAGGAAGGUAGAUGGGACAUGGUUGAACAAAACAUGGAAUGUUUUAAGUUUUCCAGUUCUCAUUGCGAGAUAGACAACGUCUUGUACUGUGUUCUUCACGGAGCGAUAAAAUGGUAUGACACUAAGGUAAGAUUGUGGAGCAGGUUGAAGGGUUUGGUAAAGCUACCUAAGUUCUCUCAUGAUGCUUGUAUUAAAUUGGCUGAUUAUGGUGGAAAGAUAGCGGUUCUAUGGGUCGAUGAAUCAUCUUAUAGUGGCGGCAAGAAGAAUAAGAUUUGGUGUGCGGAGAUUGCGCUUGAAAGACGACAAAAUUGUGAAAUUUGGGGAGAAGUUGAGUGGUUUGGUCAUGUGCUUACCGUACCUUCAACAUGCGUUUUAGAGAAAGUUCUUGCUGUUACUGUUUGAUCAUGAAUGAAUGUGUCACAAAGCUUGACAGGAUUAUGCAUUGUUUCACUUUCUAAUCAUUUUUAUGUCAUUUGUUUAUUGUUAAGCUUAUUUUGUGACUGCUUUUAAUUUUAGGAUGAAUUUUUUUUUUUUUUUUAGGAUGAUUUAUUUAUAUAUGUGAGUGCUUCUCAAUUAACAGUAUAGAUUAAUCCAUACGAUUUCUUCAUCCAAAAAAAAAAAA